AUGUCAAGCUGGCGCCGCAUCGCGGCCGGCGAGGACUGGGAACCGGAACAGAAGGCACUCGUCGAUUGGCUGAUGAAUGAAAAGAAGGUCGUGCAGCGGUGGUUGAUCACCAAGCCGCUUGGCCAUGGCGCGAACGGGGUGGUAAUGCUGGUGGAGCCGGACAAGAGCUGGGUACGGCCACCGGUCCAGAAAGCCGUCCUCAAGGUGGCCAUCGCGUCGUGGGCGUCCGAUUCGAUCCUCUGGGAGGUGAACGUCCUCAAGGCGUUGCAAAAUCCACAAGACAAAGAGGAUCGGACGAAGCACGUGGUGCGCAUGUUGGACCAUGGCGUGAUGAAGGGCAUGAAAAAGGAUAUGGUCGCCUGGAUCGUCAUGGAAUUCCUGGAAGGGAAUCCCGUGGAAGCGAUCGUUGCAUUUGCUGAACGCGACCGGAUACCGAUCGUCUGCGAUUUGGCGUUGCAUCUGCUGAAGGGCGUUUAUGACAUGCAUUUCUGCGGCUUUCUUCACAGGGACUUGAAGCCGGAGAAUAUGGGCAUGAAGAAGGGGAACUACUUGGUACUGUAUGACGUUGGGAUGGCACGCACCUAUACUCAAGCCAAUGGACUUCCUCGACCACCUCGCAGUUACGUCGGGAUCCGAGGCACUGAUGAAUGGGCAAGCUUGUGCUCGGAGCUGGGCCGCGAUCAGACACGCGUCGACGAUCUUUGGGGCUGGUUCUACACCAUCAGCGAGCUGGCCAACUGCGGCAGCAGCAACCAGCAGGCUUGGCUGUGUUUCCAAACGCCGAUGAUGCGCCUGUUUAUGAAGUCACGCGAUUGCCCUUCCCAGAUCUCGCUGUGCAAUAUGCCUUCUCAGUUCACCAAGAUUCAACUGUACCUGCGUUCCAUUGGUGCCUUCGACACGCCGGACUACUUCUACUUGGCCACCCUGCUUAACGAGGCACGCAACCGGACGAAGCGCCGCCGCCUGGGCAACCCCGACGAGAACAGCUUUACGAUCCAGCAAAAUUUCCUUGAAAGACAGUACUUC